AGUCGGGCUUUUACCGUCGCGAAGUGCGGACCUGUCGUGUAAGAACCGCGAGUUGGUAAAUAAUUCGUGAGUUCGGAACGUCGCUAAAUUAAAAAAGAAAUAAAACCUUCUUUCAAAGAAUUCUUAUUCCAAAUUUGAAUUGUUUUUUUUAUUGUGGUGGUUUUUGUUUAUUAUUUAUUCAUUCAUUCGGAGUGCUUUGAUGUCAACUAUGUAUAUGGUGUGAUGUAGUGUACAAGUGUGCAACAAUAUUAGCGUUUGUGGGAAAAUCCGAAGUUUUCUGACACUUACUGUUUCUUAUUUGGAGAUUAUAAGGGGUCAACGGGGUCGAGAUGACUACAGACAAUCCUCUGAAUUCGCAACGAGUAUUCAAGAAAUCGUCUCCGAGCAACAAGUUAACUCUAUACCUAGCAUCAAGAGACUUAAUUGUAGAAAAUGGAACCAUCGAUAAAAUACAGGGUGUACUACACAUAGAACCAGACCAUUGGGAGCCCAAUAAGAAACUCUAUGGUCAAGUUACAUUAACUUUCAGAUACGGAAGAGAAGACGAGGAAGUAAUGGGAUUAAAAUUCUGCAACGAAGCGAUAAUGAGUCUGGCGCAGGUGUACCCGAUGCACUGUAAUCACGAGCGGGAACCCAACACUCCUUUACAGGAUGCAUUAGUGAAAAGAUUAGGUGCCUACGCAUUCCCCUUCCACUUGGAGCUUACACCUCUGGCGCCACCUAGCGUACAACUGGUGCCAGCUAAACAAUAUCACGGAGCACCAAUAGGAACGUCGUAUGACGUACGAGCUUUCAUUGCGGAUCGAGCAGAUGAGAAGGUGUCAAGAAGAAAUAUCGUCAGAAUGGGCAUACGAGUGAUGCAAGGUACAGGAAAACCAGCUAUUGUAGCGUCACUGCCCGUACCUUCGCCACAUCACACACUAAGUGCGCUAGCGCAUCACAACGUGUUGAGACUCAAAAACAAAUCCAAAUCGGACGCCGAGCCGAAUUGUCGAACUAAAGCAGCGGAGAUUGAGAACGUCGAGCCGGCGCCGCCUCGAGCUAUCGCCGAAAAACCUUUUCUUCUCUCCGAUGGCAGGGUGGAGUUGGAAGCUUGGCUGGAUAAGGGGACCUACUCACACGGCGAGCCGAUCAACGUCAAUGUGGUGAUAUCUAACCACUCCUCGAAGACUGUUAGGCGCAUAAAGACUCUGGUAGUUCAACACGUGGAUGUCUGCAUGUUCUCCAAUGGAAAGUUCAAGAAUGUUGUGGCCGUGGUGAAAUGCGGCGGCACACCCGUUAUACCCGGGCAAAUACACACAGACACCUAUACGCUCACACCACACAGAGGAGUUACCAAAAACUGGAUAGCAUUAGAAGAUUCCUAUUCUAAAUCUGGCGCGAGUCUUGCAUCUACAGUAGUGUGUAACAACUCUCCUGAAGAUAGAAACGUCUUCGCAAUAUACGUAUCCUACUAUGUAAAAGUUAAACUUACCCUAAGUGCCAUGGGCGGAGAAGUAUCAGUCAAACUUCCAUUUAUUUUAACACAUUCGUGUAUCAACGAAGCACCGACAGAUAGUGUCGUAGAAGAAUCAACACCGAAAAUGAUAUUAGAAGCAAAAGAGAAUAGUGAAGACGAAGACAGUAAAGCAGAAAUAGAAAAAGACCAACAAAACAACAAUGGCAUUGAAGAGAAACAAGAAACAGCUUUUGGUGACGACGCUGAAGUCAAAUCACCCGAAGACCAUCGUUGCGUCGCUGAUGUUCUAGUCAAUAUAGAAAAUAAGAUAGACAGGCCUAAGAAAUUCGAAGGGACCGAAAUUAAAGCAGCUAAACCUAAUGAAGCGGAAUUGGACCUAAUAGUAAAGUAUCAGGGUUCAGAUACGUGAUCCGACGACGAUGGUAAUAUCGCUGGCGUAGCAAAGACUGAAGAAACGAACGCUCCAGUAGUAGAAAUAAACAAAGCAGAGGUCCAAAAUGCAAGGAGUGGGUUCACCGAGAAUCUGAAGAGAGCUGUAUGUUGUAUAGAUAGAAGACGGCAAUCAUAAUAACAUGUAAAUGUAAAUAUUUUAUAUAAAUUGAAAUAUGUAAUGCCUUUACUUGUUCCAAAUUAUAAAAAGGGACAAAUAUUAAAUGUUCAUAGAAUCAAGACGUUUGGUCAAGUAUUUCCAUACCUUGGAAAUACUCUACAAUUAAGUAGAUAAUUUAAUGUUAACAAACUUUAACAUAAUUUUGAAGAAAAUGUCUAGACAAAAAUAAAUAGUACUAUAUAUCGAUAGCGUAUUUUCAUAAUAGCAUUUUUGUAACCCACAAAUGAUAUGUAAAAUAUUACACUUAUACAGACGAAGGAUUUCGAAAAUUUUUAACUGUUAUCUAUAAAAACAUGACCAUUAUUUUAUGAUCGUCAUUUUACUGAUAUAAUUGGGAAGUAUUAAAAAAAAAAACUACUAGAAUUACUAGUCUGUGUUACAUUGUUUACAACAUUUUUGUCACUAAUAGAUGACAACAAAAUGGAUGAACGGAAGAAAUUUUUGUUUCUCUACACUUUUAUAAAUUGAUAAGUGAAAUAUUAAAAAUAAAUGUGUUUUGAAGCUAAAAUAUUAAAAGAAAAACUGAAAAAUAUGAGUAGCUAUGCAAAUAUAGUCAAACAACCUCUAUUAUAUACUUUCUUGUUGUAAAAAAAUGGUUCGUUGUAAUUUUGAACUUAAAACGAACCAUCUUUUUUUAAUAGUUUUCCUUAUCUUUUAUAGAAAAUUGGUUAUUUUUAAAUUUUAAACAAUGAUUAAUGACGAAAUUUUAUUUUAAAAUAUAAUUUUGUCGUAUUUCAUUGAAAUGGCUAAGCUGGCAAAUUUUAAGUGACCUUUUUAUAUAAUUCUAGUAAACUCUCUUUGGUAAUUUUUUUUGUAUUCUAAUCAAAAUUACUCAGCGGCAUUCUUAUAAUAUACGAAAAUGGAAGUGUGUUUUAUUGUAUAAGUAUAUAGUUAAGUAUUAUACGGAUUUUUAGAACUGGCUGGUUAAGAUUCUAAUGAUCUUUUAUAUUUUUAAGUAGGGUAGGUGCACCAGUAGCUAAUUAUUAAGCAAAAUUUUUAAACUUAUAUUUUUGCUCAAUUAUUGCAACAAUCAUUGCGAAAAAAUCAUUACACUCCUUAUUUACUAUAUAAUAUUAUCAUAAUGCUCAUUAAAUUUUCCUAAUUUUUAUGAAAAAAAAAGAAUUUGGCACGUCGCAAUGUGCCUAAGGAUUUAGAUUGUAGUUAUCAUGAAUAUUGCUUUUAGAUAUGAUUUAGACGUGGUUGGUAAAGGUACGGCAAUUUUGCAUUAUCCGUCAUUUUUAAAGUAAAAAUGAAAAAAAAAAACCUUAAGUGAUCUAGUAUUGGGCGCACCCACCCUAAUACAAGAAAUGUGUUUAUUUACAAUAAAUAAAUAUCUGUUGUAUUUCGAAUACAUUUAUUAAAUAUUUAUUAUUUAUGCAAUGUGAGUUUUGUUCAAAAAAGUAGUUUUAUUUUGCGAUACAAAGUAGCUGGUUAGUGAACAAUAUAGUUCAGUAAACUGGAUGAUUUAUGGGUUGUCAAAAAAAAGGUGUUAUAUGAAUUCAGCGUAAGAUAGCGAAUCGAUCAUCUUUUUUUUGUAGACUUCUCUAUAUACCUGCAUCACUCGAAUAUUUCUAAUAACCCUAAAGAGUAAUCGAAACGAGUAACACCGAAAGUUUUAUAUGAACAUGACAGAAACAAAUACUUAAACUCGAUGAGCACGAUUUCUUUGCCUUUAAUGUCACAAACAAUAAACUUCUAGUCAACUUUUUGCAUUUGUGGCGGUAAAAGCCUACUGUAAAUGUAAUUAAAAGUAAAUUCAACUAGGUUUUAAGACUAAGUUAAUGUCACAAAUUAAGCCUGAAUGGAUGAUACGCUUAUUAAAAUCUAAAGUGUUAGUAUAAUGUAUUUAAAUGUAACUUAAUGUAAGGAUAUUUUAUAAAUUCGUAGAUUUGUUUGUCAUUAUUAAUUUAUGUAACGUAUUUAUGUAGAAUAUAAUAAAUUAAAAGUAUCCUCUGUGAUGGG